CUCGGGAGGGGGAGGGGGCUGCAAAAAUGAUGGUUAUAAAUCCGUGAUUGAACUUCAGUGGCCGCCUGUGAGUCUGCACCAAGGUCUUCUCCUCCUGCCUCCAACUGCCAGCGAGCUGCGCGUCUCCUCAGAUGCCGAGGGAGUAGCUCAGAGAAAGGAGGGGAAAGGAAGAGAAAAAAGGAAAAAGAUUUCAGCACCGGAGCUGUCCGCGGCUCUUGGAAGAACUCUCUAUCGCUGCCAGAAGCUGCUUCCGAUUGUAAAUUUUCCUCUGUGGGACUGUGAGAGGGGGGAAGGAAUAAUAAACUGCCGUGCCAUCAUCUCUCUGCGGGGCUUCCGACAGGCGAGUAAGGGCGCACAUACUUCAUUUGAGCAAAGUCUUGCCAUGCUGGACGGCCGGGCGUGAGCCAGAAAGGAUACACAUAAAGUCGAGGUGAACACAAGAUUCGACUCUUUACGCCAUGGGGGUGCUCAUGUCAAAGAAGCAGCAGGUGGAGAAAGUGCAGAGGUGCAACGCUGUCGUCUCUGCCUUCCAGGCGGGCAUCAAAGACCGUCCUGCCCCACCCAAGCAGGCUGAGGGGGAAGCAGAGGAAGGCGAAGGCCCUGCCAAACCGUCAGCCAAUAAUGAUGACAAGAGCAAAGAAGAGGCAGAGCAAGAGGAAACAGACAAUAGUGCAGGUCCGUCGACCUCUCAGCAGGCCUCGGCUUCGACGAAGGAUGAGUGUAAGGUCAACCAGGAGGCUUGGUCGAGGUUACGGGAUGGAAAAGGAGUGGAGCCUGAAGAUCUUGACAAGAGCCAUCAGCUCACACCGCCAGCUUUUGUGCGUCCCAAAAGGGAAGCCGAUGAUGACCAGCCUGUGGAGGUGGACCUGAAAAUUAAAGAGCAGCCAGUAAGCGAUGAGAUGUGUGACGUGUGUGAGGUGUGGACGGCCGACGACCUGUACCCCUGCAGGAUCUGUACUCGGGUAUUCCACGACGGCUGCCUGAGGGAGCUGGGCUACCUGCGUGCUGAGGCCUUGCAGGAGAUGAGAGAUACGGCCCACACUGUUCCUGGCUGGAGCUGCUACUAUUGUGAUAAUCUUAAUCUGCUCCUAACAGAGGAAGAGAUGUACAGCCUCAUGGAGACCUUCAAGCAGUGUAAGAUCAUCCCAGAGUCAUGCCUGGUGUCAGAUGAGCUGCUGCAGUACCGCCACUUUGUAUCCAAGCAGCAGUUCGAUAAGGACCUGACUGAUGAGCAAGAGGAAGAAGUCCUGGCCCAGUUUGCAGCACUGGAUCCUGAGAAGAAGGGUCACAUUGAAUGGUCGGACUUCCUUUACUUUGAGUCUCUGGCAGUGUUGAGGAAGUUUCGCACAGAGAACUCAAUGGUGCGUCUGCUGACUGCCAAGGAGAGAAACACCGCACGAUCAGUGUUCCUGGGUCUGGACCUGGAUGAAGAUGGUCUGAUCACCAGAGCGGAAUGCCGCCAAGCCCAGCAAUCCUGGUUCAACAAGCUCAACAAAGACUCCCAGUCGUGCAAUGUGAGUAUAAGUCAUGUUGGCCCCAUAUGUGAGAGCAGUCCAGCCAGCUCUGGCAGUGAAAGGAGCAAGACUGAUGAGAGCAGGCCAGUGACCUGGGCAGACUUUUUAAGGGAGAGUGCCAUCUAUGUUUUGGCUGCACGUCCGAAUAGUUCUGCCACGCAUAUCCGCCUGCCUCUAUAGUCCAGGAUCCUCCACUGCACCUUAGCAGAGUGAGAGAGAGGGAGAGGGAGAGGGAGAGGGAGAGAGGGUGUACUCCAUAGUCUACAGAUAAGCGGAGGAAGAUAUACGUGGUGACACAAUGACGUGAGGGAGGCCACUGAGUGAACUGGAUAAAGCACUGAGAGACAGCGGAUCAAGCCAUCGACAGGAUCUCUCCUCCUCUGCGCCACCUCAACCCCACAACACUUGACAACACAAGCGCUGAUUGACAUCGACGACGCAAGCGACAGCAGCUGUCACAGGUCCCAACUUCCCAAAAACUUGACGGCUUCCAAAUGUAAGAGAGAAAUAGGAUGAGGACGACAACCACCCACCCACGACUUGUCAGCCAGUCAGUGAUAAUUCUUCGAGUCUAGCCAUCAUGCACACAAUCAAAUAAGCUCCUAGGAUGCUCACACUCAAUUAAAUGACAAAUACCACACACUCCAUGGCCCUCCAGCUGCAUAACACACCUCUCUGUGUGGGUACGUUAAUGUGACAGGCUGUUACUUUUUUAAGCAUCCAUUCCUUUGGGCCUCAUCAUGUCCUAAUAAUAGUUCGUUGGUACUGUAAUGGGAUUGUGUUAUUCACCAACACAAUUGUUAAUCACACUACACAGAGGCACAUGCAGAUUCAUUAUUGGUACUGUUUGACGAAUGGAUAGACUUCUCGGAGGAGAUUUAACCCUGCAGCUGCCAUUAAUCAGAACAUAUACCAAACGGGAAUGAAAGCUAUCCGCGUACAUAAUAUUAUAUGAGAACUGCUAUUCAUGCCAGUAUAAAUUAUUAUUAUGCAUUUAAAAAAGCUGUAUUUAUUCCUGUAUCCUCUGAUGUAUCCUCUGUUUUCCCCAGUCUCAUCCAACAGUCUAUGUUCUUCUGAAGUACUAAGCGUGAAAAAGGAUGUUAAUGAAAGUUAACCCAGUAAAAGACAUGCAUAUACUGCCAUAUAGUACAUUUUGUUCAGGUUGUGCUCAGAGUUGCACUUUGACAAGGUGGAAACAUCCGCCCUCCUGUUCUAGUGCCAUUACUUGCACUUUGGGAAUGAGAUGUGGAUGGACCACUGUGUGACAUAAUCACUGUAAUUGAAAUACUGAAAGACAAUGGGAGAUCUGGUGCAAACAUUUGUCCUUUGUUAAUAUGCAGAAGCACUGUUUAAGAAAAAAAAAAGAAAAAAAAAACAUUGUUAUGAAAAACGUGGUGGGGAUUCUAUAAUGUUACAGGUUAUACAACAAUUUAAAUGCACAUGAAACUGCCCAUAGAAUCACUGGAAACAUGAUGUAACAAGUAGAACAUGUAGUGUUUAUGCCAUGUAA